AUGAAGGUUUCUGGUAAGAGAAAGCUAGGCGAUGAUGCUUCGCUGAGUGAUGGCAGCGAAAGCGGCUCAGAAGAAGAUUAUGAUAUUGUGAAUGAUAUCGCUUUGAAUUCCAGUGACAGUGAUGAGGAUGACAGUAGUGAAGACUCCGAGGGCGGGGAGCAGGAUAUUAUAGAGUACAGUGAUGAAGAAGAGGAACAUCAGCAUGAGAAGAAGAAGUCUGCACCUAAAGAUAAAUCAUUCCCAAAGUUAGAAGCCUCUGGUGACGAAGCAGAAGAUGAUGCUGACGAUGUCAACGAGUACUUUUCGACUACUGCUCAAACUAAUAAGAAGCACAAGAAGGGAAGUUUUCCCAGUUUUGGGCUUUCAAAGUUGAUCCUGAAUAAUAUUAGUAGAAAGGGAUUCCAUCAACCUACACCAAUUCAACGUAAGACUAUCCCACUGAUCUUGCAGAGUAGAGACAUCGUGGGUUUGGCUCGUACUGGUUCCGGUAAGACAGCAGCUUUUAUCCUACCGAUGAUUGAAAAGCUAAAGAGCCACUCAAGUAAAGUUGGUGCUCGUGCAGUUAUUCUUUCUCCAUCAAGAGAAUUAGCAAUGCAGACUCAUAAGGUUUUUAAAGAUUUUUCAAGAGGUACUCAUUUGCGUAGUGUGCUGUUGACUGGUGGUGAUUCGUUAGAAGAGCAGUUUGGUAUGAUGAUGUCGAAUCCUGACGUUAUUGUUGCAACUCCAGGUAGAUUUCUGCAUUUGAAAGUCGAGAUGAACUUGGAUUUGAAGAGCAUUGAAUAUGCCGUCUUCGAUGAAAGUGAUAGAUUGUUUGAAAUGGGUUUUGAAGAACAACUUAAUGAAUUGUUGGCUGCUUUACCAAGUAACCGUCAAACUCUUCUUUUUUCUGCCACUUUACCAAACAGUUUGGUUGAUUUCGCUAAAGCAGGUUUAACAAAUCCAGUGCUUGUUCGUCUUGAUCAAGAAAGUAAGAUCUCCGAAAACUUGGAGAUGCUGUUCUUGAGUACAAAACAUGACGAAAGAGAAGCCGCUCUGCUUUACUUGAUUCAGGAAGUGAUUCAAAUACCAUUAGCUACUGAGGAGCAGAUAAAAUUGAUCAAGGACAAAUCCCCUGAUAGCGAUGAAGAGUCAGACGAUGAUAAUGGAAAGAGAUCCCAUAAUAAACACAAGAAGGAAAAGUUCAAGAAAGUCAGAAUGCCUGCUGCUAAUCAGCUUCCUUCCGAAAAAUCUACCAUCCUGUUCGUUCCUACGCGACACCAUGUUGAGUACAUUGCCAACUUGUUGAAAAACUGCGGGUAUCUCGUUUCCUACAUUUACGGUAGUUUGGAUCAGCGCGCUCGUAAUCGUCAAUUAUACAACUUCAGAGCCGGUCUAACCUCGAUUUUGGUGGUCACCGAUGUUGCUGCUAGAGGUGUGGAUAUUCCAAUGCUAGCGAAUGUGAUCAACUUCAGUUUUCCCUCUUCUUCUAAAAUCUUCGUUCACCGUGUAGGAAGAACUGCAAGAGCAGGCAACCGCGGUUGGGCGUAUUCCAUUAUUUCAGAGUCUGAGUUACCUUAUCUGCUUGAUUUGGAACUAUUUCUGGGUAAAAAGAUUCUCACGACUCCAAUGUAUGAAGCCGCAACAGAUCUUCUGGAGAAAAGGUGGGUUGAAGAAGGGAAAGAAAAGAUUCUAUUCAAGGCUCCAAAACCUUCUUACACCAAUAGGCUCGUGCUGGGAUCGUGUCCAAGACUGGACAUCGAUAGCAUGGGUGAUCUGUACAAAAACUUGAUGUCUAGCUUUGAGUUAGAGACACUCAGAGGUGUUGCGAAGAAGGCAGAAAAGCUAUAUCUCAGGACAAGAACUGCAGCUUCCGUCGAAUCAGUUAAAAGGAGUAGGGAAUUGAUGACAUCCGGCUGGGAUGAGCAAAAUGUGAUGUUUGGCAAGAACCUGGAGAAAGAAAAGUUGGAUUUCUUAGCCAAGCUCCAAGACAGAACAAACAAGGAAACCGUUUUCGAAUUUGCCAGGAAUGCCGAUGAUGAGACUUCGAUGUUGAUGAAGAAGAGAAGAUUUCAGGUGGCACCCAUCACAGAAAAGGCUAAGAAGCGCAAAGAGUUGUUGGAAUUGCAAAAGGCUGCUGGAUUUUCGCACGCCAUGGAAGACGAGCUACUAAACGACAAUGAACUGAUAAAAGAAUCAGUACCUGAGGAAGUUUUACAGGAGUUCGAAGAUGCUGAUAAAUUAUUGGAAGACCAAGAAAAGUUGGGACGCAAGAAAUCUAAGAGUUUCCGAGACCCAAAUUUCUUCUUAAGUCACUAUGCUCCACAAGGUGGACUUCAUGAGAACGAACUAAAUCUCACCAGUGGUUUCACCACCGAUGCAGCUCAAGCAGCCUGUGAUAUAAAUGGAGAUGAUAAAGUUCAAGUCCAUAAGCAAAACGCAACUGUUAAAUGGGACUCGAAAAAGAAGAAAUAUAUUAAUUCCCAAGGUGCCGACAACAAGAAAUAUAUCGUGGGUGAAAGUGGCCAAAAGAUACCCGCUUCCUUCAGAUCAGGUAAAUACGCAGAGUGGUCGAAAGCACGUAACCUGCAACCUAUCAAAGUGGGUGCACGAGAGUCUCCCACCGCGGCAAACAUGCUCAGAAAUCCAGCUCAAAAUCACCCAACAGAUGGUCAACGUACCGUUGGUGGCAAGUUCAAGCAUAAGCAAGUAAAAGCUCCCAAGCUGCCUGAUAAGCAUAGAGACGAUUACCAUAAGCAAAAGAAGAAAGUCAAGGAAGCACUGGACAAGGGUAUUAACGUCAAAGGAUACAAUACUCGUGGUGCUCCUAAGAAUGAGUUGCAAUCUAUUGCUCAAAUAAGGAAGCAGAGACAGACAAGCGAGAAGAAGCAUGCUAAAAACGCUCGUCCAUCGAAAAAAAGAAAGUACUGA